AUGACACGUGUGCUUCUAACGGGUGGCUCUGGCUUCAUCGCGGCGCAUGUAUUGGACCAUCUCAUCCAGCGAGGCUACAGCGUGGUGACGACGGUGCGCUCUCCCGCCAAAGCCGACAAGAUCAGAGCUGCAUAUCCAACCGUCGGGACAGAUCGACUGGACUUUGCAAUUGUCGAAGACAUUGCUCAAGACGACGCGUUCGACGCCGCCCUCACCUCGUCUACUCCGCCCUUCGAAGCCGUCAUCCACACGGCCAGCCCGUUCCAUUUCAACGUCACGGACGUGCAACGAGAUCUCCUCGACCCCGCGAUCAAAGGCACGACGGGUCUGUUGAGGUCGAUCGUCAAACACGCCCCCACGGUCAAACAAGUCGUCAUUACGUCGUCGUUCGCCUCGAUCGUGAACCCCUUCAAGGGAUCCUGGCCCGAGCACAUGUACACGGAACAGGACUGGAACCCCGUCACUCUGGAGCAGGCGUCGGAAAGCAUCGCCAACGGCUACCGGGCAAGCAAGACGUUUGCCGAGAGAGCAGCGUGGGAGUUCUUGCAGCAACAACAGUCGCGAGGACCGCCGCCUUUCUCACUGACCACCCUCUGUCCACCGAUGGUGUUGGGCCCCGUGAUCUCCCACCUCGACAGCCUGGACCGCCUCAACACCAGCAAUCAGAUCAUCGGGGACCUGAUUCGGGGGAAACACAAGGACAAGAUCCCCGACAACGCCACUUUCACGUGGGUCGACGUGCGGGACCUCGCGCUCUGCCACGUCCUGGCCCUGGAGAAGCCCGGCGCCGCGAACCAGCGCUUCCUCGUCGCCGCCGGCUACUUUUCCAACAGGGAGCUCGUGGAGAUCAUCCGCACGAAACACGAACGACUGCGCGACCGGCUGCCCGCGGAGGACAGUCCCGGCGGUGGCUAUCCCGAGGGAGGGCUGUACAAGGUCGACAGCAGCAAGGUCACAAAGACGCUGGGCAUUACGUGGAGGGAGUUGGCCGACACGGUCACGGACACGGUGGAUUCGCUGGAAAAGUUUCUGUCAUGA